GCAGCGUGAAGUCUACCGCUUAAUCGUGCGUUGUUGUUAGUGGCGGACGAGAUCGAGUCGGCUCCUACUCGCUCGUGUCCCUCGAGACCGUGCGGGAGCGAGCCGCAUCGAGGUGACUUUACAAUCUCUACAUCAUUGCAUCCUUGAAGUUUCCUUGCGACGGGACACUCUCUGCGGCUAUGCCCACGCUGAUGCAACCGUCAGACAUCACACUAGUGAACGACGAGAGCGACGAGACGGACAUCGGAUUCGACCAAGGCAUACCGAUGCUUCAUCAGGAUUCGCUGCACCAUCAGGAUGCAACACAAAACCGAGAGCGCAGCAAGCUGCUGCUGCGUAAACUAAGUCAGACCCGUGAGCGAGAACGAGGCAAAGAACGCGAACAGGAGCGUGAGAGAUUGCAUCAGUUGCAAUCGAUUAACAAUCUGCUGCUCGAUUUGCCAACGCCGCCGUCGCCAUCGCAUCUUCCAAAUUUUUCGCAGGACACCUCCCAGUCGGACAAGAACAUCAGCACCGAUGGUGACAGUGCAAUCUCUGAUAUGUUCGGACUGGGCUUGCCUCGAGGAUCUCUGAUGGGAAAUCAAUCGACGAUCGGUUCUUCAAGCUAUCGUAACUACAAUCAAUACAGCAGUUAUGACCAAACGCAAGGAUCUUUACAACACGAGUGUCGGAAUCAUGGUUUCUGCUCGAAUACCUCAGGCCUGGAUAUUCCGAGCUCACCGAAUUCAAUGACCACUCCCGGCAGUCCGAGCACACCCGGUAGCUUCACUUCAGAUCCUUACAGCUACUCGUCCACUGCCAGUACUAGCACAAAUACGCCAUCCUCACCAACCAAUCGACCAUCAUUCCAAUAUCCGGGCUCUUCGGGCUCACCCACCGAUUCGUCAUAUUUUGGCCGUCCUAUACGAGGCUGCUCUACACCAUACAGUGAUUGUGGUAGCCCAACAUUGGAAUUUUCUCAUCUUCUGGGAUGUAACGGCUCGCGUUCCAAUUCACCGGCGGAUUCUGAGACAAGUGGCAUUGGUAGUGCGGAUGGCUCUUUAUCUGAUAUAAUAUUGAAUUGUUUGUCGUUGAAUUCUUCAUCGAAUUCUUGCUUCCCGCCGUCUCUGGACUCCAUAAUAUCAAAGACAAACACGUGCCCGAACAAUAGAACGGCGUUUGAGCGUAUGGCUGUAAAAAAAUACUUGUCAUCUUUACAACAGAAUUCAACGAGUCCGCAUUAUUACCAGCAUCAUCACGGACUCGGGCAAAAUCGUAGUAAUUUUCUCAAUUCUCUUUUGAGCCAUGAGAAAAAUUGCUGUACCGGACUUGGAAAUGCUGCGCGCAGAUUGGCUCAACCAGUAUCUCUCGAUCGUGUAGCGAGGUCUCACCGAAAUGCUGCUGCACAUUGUUAUCCAACAUGUACAUGGAGUGGUUUUCUACCUCAAAGCAUCGAAGAGCCAGUUGCUUAUUCUCCCAAAGUUUUUCUGGGAGGUGUACCAUGGGAUGUUACAGAAGCUAUCUUAAUUUCAACAUUUAAACAAUUCGGACCGGUGCGUGUAGAGUGGCCCGCAAAAGCACCGUCCGCUCAGCCAAAAGGAUACGCUUAUAUUAUAUUUGAAUCAGAGAAACAGGUCAGGGCAAUGUUGUCCUGUUGCACCCACGACAUUACCAAUGGAAAAAGAUGGUAUUACAAAAUUAUAUCCAAGCGUUCAAAGCCGAAAGAUGUACAAGUAAUUCCAUGGAUUCUCGAAAAUAGCAACUACAUCAAAUCAUCAUCACAGAGACUCGAUGCACACAAAACGGUAUUUGUUGGUGCGCUACACGGAAUGUUAACGGCCGCAGGAUUAGCGAAAGUCAUGGACGAUCUUUUCCAUGGAGUUAUUUACGCAGGUAUAGACACGGAUAAGUAUAAGUAUCCAAUAGGAUCCGGCCGUGUUACAUUCAGUACGAAACAAUCGUAUUUUAAAGCGAUCACCGCUUCCUUCAUAGAAAUUAAAACUGACAAAUUUACAAAAAAGGUACAAGUGGAUCCAUACAUCGAAGAAUCGAUAUGCUCCGUAUGCGUUGUGCAACAAGGACAUUACUUCUGCCGUGAUGUGGCCUGCUUUCGAUACUUUUGCCGCAGUUGUUGGCAAUGGCAACACGCUGUGGACUCGAUGUCACAUCACACACCUCUGACACGGAACUCAAAGACGAAUCAAGUAAUAGGAUUAAAUCCGAAUUUCGGAAUAAACAACUGUCCCCGUAUGUCAAAUACGACUAUGAUCUAAAAGAGGCGACGCGUGAAGACAUCUUAUACAUGUGCGGCCAGUAAAAUUACUUUUUGUUCGUGCGCCAGUCGCCUCCCUCUUUUUGUUCCUUUUUGACUCUACCGGUUAUAACCGACGUUGCGCCGCCUGACUUAGAACAUCGGGUAACAGGGUGCAGACUUAAUUUUUAUCGCGUAGCCGCGGAUAGCUUAGAAUUAGUCCGACAAUACGGGGACACGCUGAUUCACACCGCCGAUUGAGCUUGCGAACGCGCAACGAUUGGUUCAUUAUCGUUACCGUGC